AUGACCGACAAUCCACCUCCACUUCCAAGACCUCCCUCUCAGUUCCUCUCUCACCUUGCAAAUCAUCAACAAACUGAAGCACGCAAGCUCCUACAGCCGUACUUAUCUUAUGAAGCCUGGCUGAGGAGGGCCUUUGCGAGAGGAGAUGCUGCAAUUAACAACUUUGCGAACUUGGUUCCGAUUUACAACGGCUGCGAGGAGGCGUUCAGAAUCCGCAACCUCGACCGCGAGACAGCUGACAAGGGAAAGUAUGUCAUGUCACUGCCGGACAAUGCACGCGAGGAAGAUUCCACCUUGGCCAUUACAGCAUCUCUGGGAGAAUAUUGGAGAAACUUCAAUGGGUUCUCACAUGAUUGGUCAAACAUUGUGGUCGCUGGGUCAUCUGCGCUGCUUCCUUUGCUCUCUCGUCGGAAGGGCGUGAACUAUCCAUGCCUUAACUGCUCGCCAGAGAACUAUUUUGAGACAAUCGCAAGCAAGAGCGAUAUUGACAUAUUUCUCUAUGGUCUCGACAAUGAGGAUGCAGCGAUCACACUUAUCUUUCAGUUAGAAUCUAUGGUACGAAGGAACCAAAACUUAUGUCCUGGAGAAGGAGAUUCACUGCGGUCUAAGAACGCGAUAACGUUUAGAUCACCUAAAUGGCCAUUUCGCCAGGUUCAGAUCAUCCUCCGACUAUACAGAUCUAUUAGUGAGAUAUUGACCGGCUUCGAUGUGGACUGUGCUUGCGUUGCCUUUGAUGGAACGCAAGUAUAUUCCAACCCGCGCGGGAUCACCGCGAUCGCCACUCGCACUAAUCUCAUUGACCUGACCCGUCGAGGCCCAGCUUACGAGAAUCGCCUGCGCAAAUAUCGGCUUCAUAACUUUGAGGUGUUUUGGGGCCCUCUUGAGCGCGAACGAAUAAACACCAUGCUCUUCCAAUCCCCCGCACGCCUGCUAAAUGACACCCAAGGUUUAGCUCGGCUUCUUCUCUAUGAACAAAUGCUGCAAGAAAAUUGGGACUGUCGGGGUGAAGAGCUUGCUUAUUUGGGGCAACCCCAAAAUAGCGUCGACGAAAGGGGUGAGUCAAGCCUACCGGUGCUAAGUGACUAUGCCCUCUAUGAGAUUCCGUAUGGCGAAAACUGCGCGGAUGAGAGAUCACACGAAACAUUUUUGAGCCACCCUGAUGACCCGUGUCUCUUUGGUACAAUUCAAGAAGUGAUCGAGGGUAGGAAGUCAAACGCUUUAGGAGACAAUAGCCUCGUCGGAAAAGUUCGCUUCGUCCGAUAUGUCCCAGGUCAAGAGGUAAUGGAGACUUUACAACCUCUGGCUAAGGAUGAUUGGUAA